AUGGAUCGCAAUGACCAGCGAUGGCGGGAGAAGGAAUUGAGCUUGCCAAAACUCCCGCCGUUAUCACCUGGUAAUAGGAUGCUUCCGAACAACAGUCGCAAAAGCAAUGUACCGAUAGGAUGGACGCCCGUCAUGAAUUCACCAUUGUCACCAAGCGACAGUGAACACAAUUCGCCUUCCAGUGGAUCUCGCUUUCGCAGCGGGAGGCCGCCGCCACCGCCGCUACUAAGCCAAAUUCCGUAUCAGCAAGAUACCGAAAGGCGGAUAAAACCUGACGAUCAUUCCAAGACAGCUUCCUCGACGCCCUUGAACAGAGCGUCUAGACCAUCUUCCAGUUAUGCGUCUCCUUUCAUUGGUGAAGACGAGCUUCGAAUGCAUGAUUACAGUGCGGCGAGCACUCCCACAAAAAUAUACAAGUCUCCUUUUAUGGGAGACGCUACUGGCGUUUACGUCAAGCGAACCCAAAGCUCAACGUCCACGCCAAAAAGUCGAGAUUUCCAUGAUAUGGAAGGCAGCGAGCUUUUCGACUCCAGCCUAGAAGGUCGUAAUGAGAGUUUACCCUCAAUAACAUUCGAAGCUAGAAGCCCUGGCGAGAAUCAACCAACAUUGAAAGCACUUCCAUCUUUGCCGCCCAGAGACAAAGUUGCUUUACCGGGGAAACAAUUGCCAAUAUUGCCCAAACUUCGAACCCUCAAUGAUUCUAAAGACCCUUUAGCGCUGGAGAGUAGCUUUUACAAGCCUCCUCCUCGUUUGCAUUCAGAUUUGAGGGGCUCCAGCGACAGCAGGACUGUCUCGGGUAGCAUCAGCAGUUAUUACUCCAACACAAAUUACACUUUCAACGAGGAAGAUGGUCGACAAAGUAGUUUCGGUUCCAUCGUAGGAGGGAAACCCCUUCAAGAAGCACCUAGCGUGAUUUUCCCAACUCAGCCUUUCAGCAUAGAAUUACUUGAUGAAAACAGACUAUAUCAAUGUUACAACGUUUUCUUUUUGUCAGAUGUUUAUGAAUGGUUGUUAAAGGUUUAUUUUGAAUGGUUCAACGAGUACGUUUUUCACAAAAUUGAGUUUUUCCAAUUAGUCCAGCUACUUCUGGAGUUUCAGCUUCCUCACUCCUGUGAUCAAGAUCUUCUUGACUCCAAUGUUGAUAAGAUUAUUGAAUCACUUGUUUUUCAAGGCGCUGUGCGCUUUCAGCGAGAUACUGUAAACCAUUCAGACGACGAAAUAACUUUCAUUGUCGCUGGUCUAAACGUCCAAGGGGUAUUUCCCGAUCUUUUGCCUUGCUAUUCUCCCAAUGGAAUUCAAAUCCAUGGGGAUCAAGAUAUGUUGUGCUACUGCCCCAGAUGUCCUAAAAGGAUCUCUAAUUUAUCAAGACCUGAUCUAAAGUUGUCCGAAGUCAUAAAUAAGACUGUUGGUCAUUGGACAGACUAUUGGCAGCUUAAGCCCGAUGAGCUUGCCGAAAUUAACCCUCGCGAGGUCAAGCGCCAAAGCCUCAUUUUUGAUCUCAUAGUUCUGGAAGAGCGAUCAUUAAACUUGGCGAACGCCGCAAUUGAAAUAUAUGGCCGUAGCUUUUCACCAAAACUGCUGCCAUAUGACCCUGAGUUUUUCACUUUGGCAUUCGAUACUUUUACUCCUUUGAUUGAUCUCCACAAGGAAUUCCUGUUAGGUCCGAUAUUGUGGAAAUUAAAAAGUAAAGGUAAGUUCAUUGAUGGAGUUGGAAAAAUAUACUUGAAGUGGUGCAACGAAGCCCACGACAUAUACUCUCGAUAUGCUGUCAGUAUGGCUGAAGUCCAUGAAAUUAUUACGUGGGAAAAGGAACAUGACACAAAUUUUGCGCAUUGGCUGAAGCAGUUGGAUGAAUCAUCAGAAAUUUCUAGGUCAAAACUGUAUCAUGAUGUUGUUUUUUUUGGUGGCUUCUUCAAAUCGCUUCAAAACAUACCGCUGACAUUGAAUUCGAUACUGAAGUGGACUGAUCCUUCUUCAGAGGACUAUGAAUACCUAAAGAUGGCCAUUACUGAAAUCGAAAAGCUCAGUGCCAACGUAGAUAGAAUUCACGGCGAAGCAGCAGAUAGAAGAAAGAUUACUAGACUUGCCCGACAGCUCCUCCUUUAUCCGGGGAGCAGUAACAGUAUGGUUAAUUACAUCAAUGUCGGUGAUCCUAAAGGUUUAUCUGAGACGGGCAACGAGAAGCUUGACUUAAGACUCAAUGAAAGAUCGAGAAGAAUAUUGAAGUCUGGUGUGCUAACAAGAAGACGUGAUCUUUGGUUAGAGGGAUCUCCGUCUUUUGUAGUUUUGUUGGACAAUUAUCUUCUCAUAACUGAACUUUCUUUAAAGGAAGGUGGUGAAAAAUAUAAGCUCAGUGAACGUCCGGUCCCAAUUGACUAUCUGAGUUUGGAAAGUAAGGAGGACGUCAAUUGGCAGCAUUUAGACCUCAACACCGGUUUUGAGAACAAAUAUACGUCACAACCUUACAGUGCUAGUCUGGAAAGACCUCUCCCGCCUUCAUUUCCCUCUAGGCCUGUCAUAUCGAAAGUCAAGAGUUCUGUGCCUUUCAUACCCAAAACUCUUCAGGGAGCUGUGGGAAUGAAUAGUACAGAAGACUUCACGGAGGGAUCAGAGGGCUUUAAGUUCAAGAUCAGGAAUACUGCGACGAACGAGUCUUUCACUUUUUUAUGUUCAAGCAGUGAUGAUAGAAAGGCCUGGAUUAUAGCCAUUAUUCGAGCAUUCAAGAUAAAUCAGGAAAAAAAAGAUAGAAAAGCUUUUACAAUGAGAUGUCUCACCGAUGCGUUUGCUUAUGACGAGCGAGAAGCUCCCAUCAACCUUCCUGUAACCCCUGAAGGCUCAGAGAUAGAUGUCGCUUUGAAGUGUUUCUAUAAAACAUAUGGUAAGCUACACAGUCCUCUUGGCAUCAAUGCACAGUGCAGUGCAAGAUUUUUUUAUGAGAAUCAAGAAUUUAUUCUAUGUGGGCUUAAUGGUGGGGUGUUUAUGGCAUGUGCGGAUGACCUCAGCAGCUGGAAACAAAUUCUAUCACUUUCAAAAGUAUCGCUACUGCAAGUCAAUCUCAAACUUGCGUUAUUGUUUACAUUAGCGGACAGGCGCUUGUGCUAUUUUACUCUUCCUAGUUUGAUUUGUGCGUAUUAUGACCCAAAUUUCUAUCUCACGGACGGCCAGCUCACUGGAGUCCUUUUGAGAGAGAAGGUGACUUUUUUCAAGGUGGCGGACGAUUUCGGGAACUCGCGACAGCUCUUUUAUGAACGAAAGGGUAAGCUGGUUAUUUUAACACCUGAGUUUGACCGUAUCACCAAAGCGUUCAAAUUCUUUAAAUUUUACAAAGAGUUUGAUUUACCAAGCGGUGCUGGUGGCCUUACCUAUAUCACAAUAACCGAUAUUGUCGUGUUCAAAAAAAGUUUUAUUGCUUGUUCUUCGAAAGGUGGUAUUUUAUACAACGAAGCGUUCAAUGAUUCUGGAAUACAAUUACCCAGUUUUGCUAAGGACAAAGGUUUUAAGCCUCAGCAUCAUUUUUCUCACCAUCCAUUCAAGACUGCUGUCGAAAAGUCAGCCAAGAAGAAUUCCUCAAGAUUAAAAAUGGCCGAGUACGUCAAAUUUGACAUCGCCGCUAAUAUGACACUUCCUGUAACAUGUUUCAAAUUGGCAGAAGAUGAUUUCGUCUUGAUUUAUGAUGAGGCCGUCAUAAAAUUGAAUAAACACGGUGAGAUACCAAAUUGGCAAACAGACAUCAUGGUUUUGGACUUUUUCUGCACUGGCGCCGCUCUUCAAAAUGAUUUUUUAUUUCUCGUAGGCGAAAACCUAGUACAAAUCUACGAUUUGAGUGUUGCCAUAGGCGCCGAUGGAAAGAUGAACAAGCUCGCCCCAGUCCAAAUCAUUAAGAGCAAAAAAAUAAAACUUAUAAGUAAUCAGAGGGAUGAAAGCACGACAGUUGUGUUAAGUCAUCCUUUGAUUCCUGGACGGCAGUGUAUUUUUGAGUUCAGACCUUCAUAA